AUGCAAUCCACAUCUCCCACACCAACUGUUACACUCUCUGCUACUUCAGCCCGUACAACCCAGUGGGGAUUUCCCUUGGCAAAAGAUCAAGUUACCUUUAUUGAUCAUGGUUGUAUUAUUGACAAGGAAGGAUAUCCCCUAUAUCCCAACAACAACACCACAUACGUACUUCCCCCCGGAACCAUCAUCACUAAUUUCGGCACAGUAGGAUUUUCAAAGACCUCCUCAUCCAAAACCUCAAAGGAUCGCCGUUGGAAAAUUUACCGUGCACACUGUCUUGGAGUCAUGGUGUGUGACAGUGAAGGUUGUGAGUAUGCCAGACCCACCCCUACAGGCCCAGGGAAGAUUGAGGAGCUUAUCCGCACCACCCCAUGUUGCCCGGCAGACGGGUGCGCUGGCAAGAUCUACUGGAUGGAAUGUCGGCACACACAAACCAGGUUUGAUCAUGAACUUAGUACUGGGUGGAGGCUGAUGCGGCAUCAAGGCUUCCACGACCACCCAUGGCCAACCUCCAAGAAAGCUGACCCUCUCACAAAGAAAUUGCUUGCCCUGGAAGUUGCCAAAAAUCCAAAGGCCGGUGCUCUGCAACUCAAGGUCGGCAACCCAGAUAAAUCCCAUGAGCCCGACAACGGUGUAGCCAGUAUACAUGGAUCGUUUGCAAACUCAGACAGGCUCCGACACCAUCGACAAGAGAUUCUUCGAGGAUUGAACCUGGCCCCCGAUAAAGAUGGAGAUGGAGCAGGAGACCGGUUCAUGAAUGACAUGUUCAUGUGGGAUGAGUUGAGUUGCCCCCUCUUUUUUCCAAUAUCUUCCCACUUAUGCGUGGUUUGGAAGUGA